GCUUCAUAUGCUAUCGUCUUCUUGAGCCCUAAAACUUUCGCCUCUCGUGGUUUCUAGAUAUUUGACGAAGAGGUUUAUACAACGAGCAUAAGAUGCAGAACGAGGAGGGUAAGCUCACUGAGCUAUACGUUCCAAGGAAAUGCUCUGCCACUAACAGGCUGAUAACUUCAAAGGACCAUGCCUCGAUUCAGAUUAACAUUGGCCACUUGGAUGAGACUGGUAUCUAUAAUGGUCAUUUCACCACAUUCGCCCUCUGUGGUUACAUCAGAGCACAGGGAGAUGCUGACAGUGCACUAGAUCGCUUGUGGCAGAAGAAGAAAGCUGAAGUUAAACAACAGUAGUAGUGAUGAUAGUUUUGUCUGAAGUUCUACUAUUGCGGGAGAUGUUCGAGUCUUACGAUUGUAGAACUUGGCUAAUUUAACCACAAAUUUUGCAGUAUUUGCUUUUCAUUGAUUAAAGUUGCUUUUUGACUGAUUGAAACUGCAUUCAAAAGAUAUUUGGUUGUUUCCUCCUAUUCCAUUCAUUGUGUUGAUUUAUGAAUAUAUUUGAGGAAUUUUAUAGGUUGGUUUGAUAGAAUGUGUAUUUAGUCAAGUUUGUUUCUGUGAUUGUCCUUAAUAUGAUGAUUGGUGCAGUGGCCUUCUCUGCAGCAACUUGGAGAAUUGUCCAGAGACGAGUGGUACUAAAUUACUAAGAGUAGGUGUUUGAAGAAAAACUUGUCAAACUGCGUUUGUCUAUAUACUCCGUUGCUCCUAAAGCCAAUUUUGACGCCUACGUUGAAACUUGUUUUAAAGGCC